AUCGGAGUUGGCAGCAGGGUUGGGUCUGUAAUUUAUCUCCGCUGUAGUUUUAUUAGUCUCUCUGCGACACUGACGGCGAGCUGUGUGUGGCCUGGUUCGUUCAGCAAGGAGAACUACAUCGAUUUUUUUUUUUGGUUUGUUUUUUUGUUUUGUAUCAUGUGAACUAUUAAAGAAAAAAAAAAAAAAAAAAAAAAAAGCCCCACCACAAACUGCAGGGACGCAGCCAGGGCAGUUGACGCAUUUUCGCGGAGCACACACACACACACACACACACACACACACACACACACACAGUGACCAGAAGAGACGUAGCUUGGGCCAUCAAGAGGGAGUAACAACAUUAAAAAAAAAAAAAAAAGCUGGUCGGCUCGUUAGCUGACGGCAAACCAGGCAUGGACGACAAGUCAUUCACCAAGGAGCUGGACGGAUGGAUCGAACAACUGAACGAGUGCAAACAGCUGUCAGAGAAUCAGGUCAAAGUCCUGUGUGAGAAGGCGAAGGAGAUCCUGACAAAGGAGUCCAAUGUGCAGGAGGUGAGAUGUCCGGUGACAGUCUGCGGAGAUGUCCAUGGUCAGUUUCAUGACCUAAUGGAGCUGUUUAAAAUCGGGGGGAAGUCUCCAGACACUAACUACCUCUUCAUGGGAGACUAUGUUGACAGAGGAUACUAUUCUGUGGAGACAGUUUCUCUCCUGGUCUCUCUGAAGGUGAGGUUUCGUGAACGAAUCACAAUUCUCAGAGGGAACCACGAGAGCAGACAGAUCACACAAGUGUACGGCUUCUACGACGAGUGCUUAAGGAAAUAUGGAAAUGCCAAUGUUUGGAAGUACUUCACAGACCUGUUCGACUACCUGCCCCUCACUGCGCUGGUAGACAACCAGAUCUUCUGCCUCCAUGGAGGAUUGUCCCCGUCAAUAGACACACUGGAACACAUCAGAGCGCUGGAUCGCUUGCAGGAGGUUCCUCAUGAGGGUCCAAUGUGUGACCUGUUAUGGUCGGACCCAGAUGAUCGCGGUGGCUGGGGUAUCUCACCCCGUGGCGCCGGCUACACCUUUGGGCAGGACAUUUCCGAGACUUUCAACCACGCGAACGGCCUAACUUUGGUCUCGAGAGCCCACCAGCUGGUGAUGGAGGGUUAUAAUUGGUGCCACGACCGCAACGUAGUGACGAUCUUCAGUGCACCAAACUAUUGUUAUCGUUGUGGAAACCAGGCGGCAAUCAUGGAACUUGAUGACACAUUGAAAUACUCCUUCCUACAGUUUGACCCUGCACCACGCAGAGGAGAACCCCAUGUGACGCGGCGAACGCCAGACUAUUUCCUGUAAAAAAAAAAAAUUAAAAAUCACUGGUGAGGAUGACUACACAGACGCUUGAGAAAAGAAGUAUUCAUAACUACAUGGACCAAAAAAACCCCCCUCCAAAAAAUGUGUGCCAUAAUCACAACAACAAAAUGGAAACUAUCACAUCUAUCUAAUGACCACCAUCCUUUCCACCAACGUUUUCCUCUCUGUGCAUGAUGUUUUUAUUGCUAGAAAUGAUUGCUACUACGAACAAAUACCGUCACGAUACCUGCUGGUUUGUCAGGACAGAUGAAUAAACUAACGCUGAGAAUAACAACUAAAUGUAAAGUAAUCUUUAUGUUAGGGUAUUAAUGACGACCAUGAGUGUGUUGCCAUAUACAGUAUGUAAGCUGCAUCUUUCACUUGGCAUGGCCUCAAAUCAAAAGGUUUCAGUAAAUAUAUGAUGUGAACUCUUUCUUUUUUUUUUGUAACUGAAGCGCAACAGUUUAUUUUGUGAAGUGAGAUGAUAGGGUUAGAUGUCGGAAGUCGGUCUGUUCUCUUUGCACUUUUGUAUUUGAUUUAUAUCACAUGGCACAGACAAACUAUGUUCUUUUUUAUACCCUGUUAAAGUGUAAGUAGCUAUCUUUCUGCUCUGCCGUCUCUCACAGGACUUAAUGUAAUUCAUUUAAGUAGGUACAAAUGACAUCAGUUGUAAAAAAUAAUAAUAAUAACUCAAUGUUUUGCAGCCACAGCUAUACAAAAUAAACACUGAAGUUGCUUCGUCA